CUCCUACGCCCUCUCUAAGACCUUGCUUUGACAAAAUUAACUUCCGUUGAACCUGUGCUUUUUCACUGUGGUGUCCUCCAAGUCUUCGGUUGACAGCAGUUGAAACGAUGGCGGCGGCUGUUGGAUUUAGGGCUUCCUAUCACCGGGCUUUGAACCGGGUAGAGCUGAUGUUACCGCCCAAGCUGAGACCGUUCUACAAUCACCCGGCAGGACCCAAAACAGUAUUUUUCUGGGCACCUAUAAUGAAAUGGGGGUUGGUGAUUGCAGGGUUAGCUGACAUGACAAGACCAGCAGAAAAACUGAGUACAGCUCAGUCUGCAGUACUAAUGGCCACUGGGCUUAUAUGGUCACGUUACUCACUUGUGAUCAUCCCUAAAAACUGGUCUCUAUUCGCAGUGAACUUUUUUGUUGGUUGUGCAGGGGGCUCACAGCUACUUAGAAUAUGGAGGUACAAUCAAGAGCUAAAGGCAAAUGGAAUUGUGCAACAGACCUCUGAACCUUAGCCAAUUUUAUUUAUUAAUAUUUAACCCUUACUGAUCAGUAGUCUUUCAUUCUUCAAUGUCCAAAUGUGACAUGGUACAGAGCUGAAUGCUAAAUGAGAAGGAAUAGGUCCUUUUUUAAGGUCCGAAUAAACAGCAUAACAUGUAAAUGGUUUUUAAGGUGUUAAAGUAUUAUAUAAGAAGUCGUAGCUAGAUCAUUUGACUUUUUAUCAAUGUAUAAUGCAAUAGUUUGGUUCCUACACUAAUAAAGUGAUCUAAAUAUU